AUGGCUACGCCGCGUCGUAGGUCUGCUCGCUUGAGCAAGAAUGCUCAACCCCAGCGACAAUCUGCUCGUAAACAAGGUGCAGCAACGCUCGGAUCUCUGAUAGAACGCGACGAAACUCCCGAGGUUAAUGAACCUCAAUCACUUGAUGAGGUUGUUGCUACUCCUACGUCCGCCGUAACAACGAAGUCUCAGCUUGCCAUGCUCUCGGGGCUCAAGACACCAAAGACCGAACCACGAGUCGAUCGCGGCGAAAUGCAUCCUGAACAUGCUCAUCAAACUACAACGAAGGCUCCGGAUUCUGGCCUCAAGCUAGGGUUUGUCGAUAUCUCCUCCCGUCCUCGUACAAUUGCAAGCGCACAAAAUACCCCUUCCAAAGCUAGAACGAGCACUCCUGCGCACUUCCAAUCUACCAGUGUUGACUUCAAAUUCGGAGCCGAAUCUCAAUUGAGCACUGAGGCACAAAAGUUAAUGGAUAAUGUUCGAGAAGAGGCAGCUAGCAUCAAGGCACAGAUGCAAGCGGAAAGAGAUGCCCAGCAGGAGAAGGACGAUAAGGCCGAGGCCGAGUUCAAUGGAGUCAACGCUUCUGGACGAAAAAUUGCGAAACCAAAGGGUAAAGCUGGUCGGUUCAGUGAUAUACACAUGGCUCAAUUCAAGAAGAUGGACUCAAUUGCGAAUCAUCCUUCAGCAUUUCGAGGAAAGCCUAGUUUUGCGCAGCCAACUACACAAUCACUCAAGCGAAGCGGCUCUAAGGCUGGCCUGGACGAGAACGAGCGACCUCGGACUGCGGGAAAAGGCACUCCCGCACGACGACCACCACCGCCACCAUUUCUCGGUCGUCCAACUUCUGUCAGCCCCUUCAAAUCCAUCCCGAGCCAGUCAGAGCGUAUUGAAAACACAACUCCCGCUAAACGUGCCCGACACUCGGAGCUACAUGAUGUCUCGGCAAGUCGACCAGUGGAACCAGCACAGCCUCUACGGACAGUGUCGAAGCCAAUGUCCAGCAAUUUGUUUUCCCCUACAAAGGCCUCGUUGGCAAGAGCUGCAGCAAGCCAGAUACCAGUUUCAUCGCCGAACAAAGCUUCUUCACUGAAACGGCCCGCGUCGGUCAAAUCUUUGAGGACGGCCUCUAGUACACCAGGGGUAAGACCUGCUACGGCGCAUGGAGCAUCUUAUGCUCCGAACCCAUCCAAAGCUCCUUCCGCCGACAAAGCAAGACUGAACCGUCCUCUCCCACCGCCGCCUGAGAAUGAAUCCUCUUUAUCCCCAUCUCCAGAAUCGGCAAAGGUUGUGCAGGCUGAGCCCGACGUUCAAGGGUCAUCUGCCUUGAAGCAUCAUGGCUUCUCAUCUCGCCUACCAAAAUUCAAUGGCCUGAAGUCAAUUCUGCGAACUGGCCGGAGAACUGACAUUAUGCCUCCGACUCAAGAACGGCAAGGCACUCCAAAGCGACCCGCAACCGCUACUACUGGUAGUGGCGAUGUGAAGAAAGUGGAUUUUACCCCCAGUGUGAAGUCGAGAUACGCUGUCAAGUUGGCAGCUGGUAGCCCUAGCCCAGCCAAGCUCCCAACUCAGCUCACUCCCGGAAAGGCACUUGGGCCACUUGUCGCGUAUGAUCCAGCUGCGUAUGUUCUUGGUGACGAUGACGGCGACGAUGCUUGGGAAGAUGCUGAGAGUGAGAUUGACUAUCCAGUCUUACCCGCUAUGUCCUCCAGUCCUGCGCAACCUGUAUCUGGAACGACUUUCGAGAAGAAAGCCAAGGAGCACAGUCGCCGGGCGUCCAAGGAAUUCAAGUCCAUCUUCACAACUCUGCAUCAUCCGUCACGACCUACACAGCCAUCAAACUUGGCCUCUGUCAAUGCUAGGGUCAACAAGAGCGGUCCGACUGCCCACGUCGACAAGAUCAUGAGAUCCCCAAGCAAUACUAAUUUCUCACGGCCAUCUCCCUCUACCAUUCGUCGUGUGAGGACUUCAGGCGCUCCUGAGUUGGUCCAACCCUUCGAGGAUGCGGAAGUGCAGACUGUGCCUCACGGGAUUCCCGGCAAGAAGCGGCGCCGCGAGUCUACCGCCUCCAACGAAGAUGAAGAUUCGUUCGAGCCCAUGGGAAAGGAGAAUCGCCGUAUCAGCGUCAUGCCAUCCGUGCCUGGCGGGUGGUGCGACACUCCGCAGCCAGAAGAACAAGACGAAGGCCAGCAGCGUGGAGGCAAGCGCGCAAAAGUCGGAAGCUCUACCACUUCACCUGAGAAGCCGCAGACUGAAGUCAAGAAACCUCGACAGAGCAUGGCGCGAGAGAUGGCAAAGAAGAGUGCGGAUGCACGCAAGGGCAAGGGUAUUCUCAGCCUCAGCCGGUUGAACAUGUUGAGCCGCCCAAAGCAGAGAGGCUGA